CCAACUCAUCUCUCCUUGCCGUUCUGCAUUUAAAAAGCCAAUUAUUUGAUACGGUGCGUGCAAUGAUUUCGCGCUCGGAGGAGGCGUUUUUCCAUCGAUUUCGCGAGUGCGAGGCGAUUCAGGGGGAAAAUGCGCGCUUCCGUGAUGCUGCCGGCAAGAAGGCGUCCGCUUGUCGUCGCGACUAACCUCAAAGUUUCGCCGCGCGGUCCGAUGAUUUCGCACUUCGGUUUCUUGAGUUAAUCAAAAUGACUCGUCGCCAGUAUCAGCGCGUUAAGUGCGAUAGGUGAAUCCCUGACAUGACCGUCGCUUCGCCAAAGACCAUUUGGUAGUCAACCAAAUCAGUCCUAGUUCUUAUACCAAUCAGGCAACCAAUGCUAGUUCCCCGCUCUUACAUUUCAAUGCAAUACUAUCAACUAGCUUUAAGAUCGUGAUAGAUGUUACGACUUGACUGAAGCAAUACUCGAAGAUAGAUUUUAUAUCAGGGAGAUUACUAAGUUACCAGACGACUCCUGUCUCUGCAUACGAUGCGGACGGUACCACGUAGCCAGGACUUGGCGGCAUCAUGUACGAGCAGAUCGAGUCGAAAGAUAUGCUAUCCUUGCACUUCAUUCAGGAAGUGCUGAGCUGUCUUCAAUUUACUCCGAGGAACGUCAUCGGGCGAUGGAGCCGGCAGCGUCGUAACGGGUCGUCGUCGUCGAGGAAGGGUGAGUUCUCGCUGCCCUGAGGCCGGGGAGAUGGCCAGUCCAGGUGGAAGCUGUCCUGGAGAGUCCGGAGGGGAUGCAUGAGCGCGGAGGCGGUGCUCGUUAGCGAGGAUGCAGGCCAAGAAGCGGUACCUGCUGCUGUUCGUGACCUGCGCGUUCCUGGGCUACUGCUACUUCGGCGGUUACCGGUUAAAAAGCGAGAAGUGGACGGGAAAGAAGCGGCUACUCCAGGAGCGACUGCCCUCAUACGUCGAGCCGAGGGAGGAGUUCCUCGAGGAGGAGCCGAGGACGAGCGUCCGCCAGGGCGCGGGGUCGCCCCGGAACGGCAGGCAAUGCCGCAUGGAGACCUGCUUCGACUUUGCCAGGUGUAAACAGGGAUUCACGGUUUACGUGUAUCCGGUCGAGGACGCGAUCAGCCCGCUCUACCAGAAGAUACUCAACGUGAUCACCGAGUCGAGAUACUACACCUCCGACCCCGCCCGGGCGUGCAUCCUCGUGCUGGCCCUGGAUACCCUGGACAGGGACCCGCUCUCCGCCGAGUUCGUUCACAACCUGCCCUCGAAGCUGCUGCGUCUGCCCCACUGGAACAACGGCAGGAACCACCUGGUCUUCAACCUUUAUUCCGGGACCUGGCCGGAUUACGCGGAGGAGGCCCUGGCCUUCGACCUGGGCUACGCUAUGCUCGCCAAGGCGAGCAUGUCCGUCUUCAAGCUCAGGCCGAACUUCGACGUUUCCAUCCCCCUCUUCGGGAAGCAACACCCCGAGAGGGGCGGCGAACCCGGCCAGGCGCCCGAGAAUAAUUUCCCGAACAACAAGAAGUACGUCGCGGCCUUCAAGGGGAAGAGAUACGUACACGGCAUCGGGUCCGAGACCAGGAACGCGUUGUAUCACCUGCACAACGGGAAGGACCUCGUCUUCGUCACCACCUGCCGACACGGCAAGGCCUGGAGGGAGUUCCAGGACGAACACUGCCAGCAGGACAACCAGGAGUACGACACGUACGACUACGAAAUUUUGCUGAUGAACUCGACGUUCUGUCUGGUCCCACGAGGACGAAGACUCGGCAGCUUUAGGUUCCUGGAGGCAUUACGUGCUGGGUGCAUACCAGUCAUCCUAAGUAACGGAUGGGCUCUUCCAUUUCACGAACGCAUCGACUGGAAACAAGCGGUGAUAUUCUCGGACGAAAGGCUUUUGCUCCAAAUCCCAGACAUCGUAAGGUCGGUUCCUGACACGAGGAUCCUGAAGUUACGGCAGCAGACGCAAUUCCUGUGGGAGCGAUACUUCUCUUCGAUUGAGAAAAUCAUAUUCACAGUAUUCGAGAACAUUCGCGAACGGAUCCCUCGGGAAGGGAGGCGGGAGGGCAUCGUUUGGAACACGAAUCCUGGGGCCCUGGUGAUCUUGCCGCAGUUCGCGGACAGUCAGCAGGAAUUGCCGUUCACCAACGGUAAUCCUGGAAACGCGUUCACGGCGAUCAUCUACUCGCAGUUGGGCUCCACCGCCGUGCUCUAUCGCCUCCUAAGGAGCCUCGCCAAGAGUAAAUAUUUAGAUAAGAUAAUCUUAAUGUGGAACUCGGACAUUCCGCUACCAAGGAGGCCUCGAUGGCAGGGAAUCAAGGCGUCGAUCCACGUUAUCGCUGCCGAGGGGAUCUCUCAUCGUUUCUAUCCCCAUCCUCUAAUCAAAACUAGUGCCAUUUUAUCGUUAGACGAGGACGCCACCUUGAACACCGACGAGAUCGACUUUGCCUUCACCGUCUGGCGCUCCUUUCCCGACCGAAUUGUCGGGUAUCCUGCUAGGUCUCAUUAUUGGGACGACUCGAAGCGAUCCUGGGGCUACACCAGCAAGUGGACGAACGACUAUAGCAUCGUCCUUACUGGGGCCGCCUUUUAUCAUCGCUAUUACAACACCCUUUACACCGAAUUACUCAGCUCGACCCUUCAUAAGACGGUCGAGCAGUCGCAGAACUGCGAGGACAUACUUAUGAAUUUCCUGGUGAGCCAUGUCACUCGCCGACCCCCCAUCAAGGUGACCCAGAGAAAGCUCUACAAGGACACCUCCGUGGCUGGAAUUAGAUCUCCCUGGAACGAUCCGGAUCAUUUCGUUCAGCGGCAGACCUGCAUGAACACCUUCGUCGCCGUUUUCGGCUACAUGCCUCUGUUGCGAUCAAACCUGAGACUGGACCCGGUUCUGUUCAAGGAUCCCGUGAGCAAUCUACGGAAGAAGUAUAGGCAAAUUGAAUUAGUUAGCAAUUAGGAUUGUAUACAAUAUUUUAUUAGCGAUUAUUUAACGAUUAAGGCGCGAACGGAGAUAUGGUAAAUUCGAGGAUCGGCGAUCUGCCCUUCAGUUAUUAGGAUCAUUGUCGAGGAUCGUUUGAUCGCGGAGAGGAUAGAGGCUAUUGUCACAAUCGCUGGCGGAUAUGGAGAGAUAUUUUUUCGCGAGAUUCUAUCGCAUUGUUUUAUACACUAUUAUAUAAAUAUAUAUAUAUAAAAAAUAUAUAUGUAUAUUUACGUCGACCGGUGUACUCUCAUGACAGGUUUUUAAAAUAAAUUUUAAAGGCUUUUUAAAAUGUUUUUAAGGACUCGUGGUAGGGUAGGUCGCAAGUGUAACGCGUUUGUAUCGAUUCGUCUUGUCCGAGGGGAUAUCUCGAUUUACUCGAUCUGUGACUGUACAAAUUGUAGAAAUUUAGGGCAAUCGCUUGUCUCUAGGAAUCUGUGUAUUACCCGGGUUCUUGGGGAACCGAGGUUGCUCUCCGUCGACCGACGAGUCCGCCGUGACACGUGAGAUUUCUGUACAUAAACGUCGUUUCAUAGGUAUUAAUAAAUGCAAAAUUAUUUGACAGACCGCGCCGUUCGGUACCUCCGCUCUGUAAUCAUCUCAGGUCUUAUCUCCAGAUAGGGUCUCGGUAUAGAACUGGAUAAUUAACGCAUUUAGAGGCGGACUCGCAGGAAGUUCCGGUCCCGCGGAGAGGCGAAGAAAGGGAAGAAGAGGAAGAGCGGGGACCAGCUGAUCGCCUUAAAGAAGGAGCCGAAGACGCCAUUUUUUGGAAGCUGUGCCGGAAGACGCCGCGAGGGAGACCCUGAAGAGUCCUUCUUGGAGGGGUCUUUUCGCGAUUGUUGUAAAAUUGUAAUCGAGGUAUGGGGUACCAGGAGCCACGUUUUCGCUGGCCAGGUCUCGUCCCACGCCGCAGGGACUCGGCGUCUCUUGUGAAAGCCACGCAAGAAGUAUCGCCUUUUCUUCCAUCAUGGUUCCUGGGACCCCAGCUCGAUCUACCACGAUAAGACAGGGAUAGCUGGCUUUCAGGGUCGGCGAUUAUUAUUGCCAGGCGAGCGGAGGCGGAUCCGAGUCUGUCCGGGAAUCGUUUCGUUAUAGUUACGAUAUGUUCUGUCCCGGUGAUUGCUACACCGCCACUUCGUUAGCGGGACGUAUACGUGCCCACGAAUGUGCAGCCAAUUGUUUCACAAGAACCGUAGCCGCUCUUGUGACCGGGUUUAUUACGUUUUUCUAUCCACUCCCGGACAGACUUGUCUACUCUGCUCGGGGAUACUCAAGGCAGCCUCCUUUGCGGAAGGAACCGAUUUCUGUCCGCAACCGAGGGGCCAUUUCACUUGGAAAUCAGGGAAAAUCAUUUCCAUCUUUCUGAGCCGAUUGUCCGAUUUCAUACAAUAAAUAAUCCGACUGCGUAACUGGUGAAACUCAAUGCAGUGAUGUCUGCUUAGGAUUUCCAACUGAUUUCCAUAUCACUUUAAGCGUUAAAAUGAUUUCCUGGGGGAAUACCCCCUCGCCGCAAAGACUACCCUUUUGGGGUCUUCUUCUAGUUUUCAUUUUUUUCUUUCAUCCUGUCCUCAUCUCGCGGAGGCAUGGAACCGGUGUCCGCGAGAUGUGAUUUUUUGAGAGUAUGAAAUCGACGUAAGGGAUUUUUCCUUUUUAAUUUGUCAUGGGGAAUUUAACGCCGCUUAGUGAUCCUGGCGUUGUUAAAUAAUGGACGGCCCAGAAAUGAAAGCAAGAUUGCCGUUAUUGACAUUCUUUUAGCGAAAUUAUGAAAUCGAGGAUUAUGAAAUUCCUCGUGUUACCGGCCGCUUGCGAUUUUCCGAAGGCACGAGGUAAAGAAGAAACUAUCGAUGCUUGUUUUUGGUGGACGCUCAUUAUAUCUGCGGUUGACAGACGGAGACCGCAAAGUGGUCUCUUAUUCUGUUCGCCAUUGCAGCCGCAGAUAUACAAAUACAGUAAAACGAGCGUUGCCGGUUAGCUGGAUAACGAAAGACCAAUCGUCCUUAUCUAUAACUUGCGUGCGUUAUCAAAAACCCCUUCUUGAAGUCUGCGCCACCAUUAAGAAAAUUGGAAGAAUAUGGAAAGGUGGCGGCGAACAAUCUUCCAUUUUUCUGGAGCUCGGGCGAUCGUUGCUUAUACUCUCGUUACUCUCCAAUUUAUUAACAUUGUUAACGUAAUACUCUGUAUGUUACGUCUUGCGCUCUUAAUUUCUUUUUAAUAAGAUUCUUAAACGGUUUCCCGGUUAAAUGGCCGCUUAAGGCGGAAUUUAAUAUAAAGCGAUAAAAAGGCACUAUCGCAAAUAAGAAUGAACAGCGGAAUGUCCAGAUUGCUGCCUACCGAGCAAUAAUGAACGGUCUACUAAUCGGAACGUCAUUACCAAUAAUGAAUAGACCAAUUAAUCGGUUUCUGACCUUUCUACCGAGGUGCCUAAUGGCCGCUAUUAAGCGGUAAGACUUGCAAUUGUAACGCUUAAGCGGCCAGAAAGGGAAUCACAAUGGAUAUGAGAAACUGAUAGGAAACUAAUACAGAGCAGACGGGGAAAUGUCUUGCCAUUUUAUGUAGCCAGAAGGCACUCCCGGAAUAUAGUCUUAAGGGGAUGCGAAAGUGGCGUCCGUGGGUUCUAUCGUGUAACUUUUCUCCUAACCGGUGGUACCAAAUCGCAUAAAAAUUUAAAGCCUGAUCAUAAAGGCCGCAAGGAAGGUACCUACACCGAUGAAAUGUAAUUUUCUUACAAAAAUGUAUGGAGGAAAAUUGAGAAGGAAAAGAAAUGUAAAUUUCACGGGAGGUCUCAGCGACUCGGUACAUCUUGUGUACAUCGGUUGGCGGUCUUUCGCCUCCCCUUAAGUCGCUCUUUAGAUUUAAGUCGGUAAUCCUCAUUAUGGGAACAUCCGAUCUGCAUUUGCAGAUGCAUACUGCGAUCUAGGUGCAGCCGAUAGAGCCCAUUUCGUUUGAAAGCAUCUGCGCAACAUCUGACCGGGAAGUGUAACAUCCGCGUUAGAGUCGGGGCACGGUAACGAGCGAUUACGUAAAUAUUGGGGACGAUUGUACGGCGCUAUUCUUUGGCAAUUCAUUGAUUACUCCGGCAGAUAGAUUAAUGACGAGGUGUCGUAACGGCAUAUCCUGGAUUCCUGUGAGAAAAUCGAAAAUAUCACUUCUCUCGCAUUCCCCUCGCAGAGACGGCGAGCGCCGGCCAGGUAUUCGUGUGAUCAAGGUGAAAAGAAAGGUUAAUACUUAGCACGUAAUACACGUGGUAACGCGAACAACUCGGGCCGGUAACAGGAACGAAUCUAUCGGGCCGCAAGAAAGAGCGAGCUCUCGGGAUCCCUUUGCAGGAUAUCCUUUUACAAUGCCUGGGACUCUGGUUCCCAUGAGCGAUGACGAGGCCAAUAUCGGCGGCUUCUAAAAUGAGAAAAGGAUAUCAUUAAGGACUGGACGGUGGAAAUGAGGCAGACAAGAUGCGCCUUAAUUAUGAAUCGAGAGAGACCGGCCCUCGUUGCGUGGGAAAGCGUCUGAAGUGGUUUUUCUUUUUUUUUCUUACCGUAGCGUAUAAAAUGUUUACCUCCAAUCAAGGGAUUUUAUAUAAAUUGAUCUGAAUCCUU